GUGCGCAGGCGCGGGAACCCGGGCCGCUUUCGGUAGCAAGUAGGGAGGAAGCUUCGGCUCUGCUAGGGAGGAAGAUGAUGACUGCUACUGCAGCAGCCGGGGAAGGGGCGCACAGCCCCAGCCCCGCCGCCGUGUCUCUCGGCUUGAGCGUGGCUGUGGUUUCCAGCCUGGUGAACGGAUCCACUUUCGUACUUCAGAAGAAAGGCAUCGUGAGGGCAAAGAGGAGAGGUACUUCUUAUUUAACGGACAUAGUUUGGUGGUCUGGAACAAUUGCAAUGGCUCUUGGUCAGAUUGGAAAUUUCUUGGCUUAUACAGCAGUUCCUACUGUACUGGUCACUCCCCUUGGUGCUCUUGGUGUUCCAUUUGGGUCUAUUUUAGCUUCUUAUCUUCUGAAGGAAAAACUGAACAUCUUGGGCAAGUUGGGAUGUUUGCUAAGUUGUGCUGGUUCUGUUGUUCUUAUCAUUCAUUCCCCCAAAUCCGAGAGUGUAACAACCCAGGCUGAACUUGAAGAGAAACUUACAAAUCCAGUGUUUGUUGGCUACCUCUGCAUAGUGCUCCUUAUGCUGCUGCUUCUUAUCUUUUGGAUAGCGCCAGCUCAUGGACCUACCAAUAUUAUGGUGUACAUCAGUAUUUGCUCAUUGUUGGGGAGUUUCACUGUACCAAGCACUAAAGGAAUUGGGCUAGCUGCUCAAGAUAUCUUUCAUAACAAUCCGUCAAGUCAGAGAGCCCUAUACCUUUGUCUGGUCCUUUUAGCUGUACUUGGCUGUAGUAUCAUCAUUCAGUUUCGGUAUAUUAAUAAGGCACUUGAGUGCUUUGAUUCAUCUGUAUUUGGUGCCAUCUAUUAUGUUGUCUUCACCACUUUGGUCUUGCUGGCCUCAGCAAUUCUCUUUCGGGAAUGGAGUAAUGUAGGACUGGUAGAUUUCUUGGGAAUGGCGUGUGGAUUCACUACUGUUUCCAUUGGCAUUGUACUUAUACAAGUCUUCAAAGAGUUCAAUUUCAACCUUGGGGAGAUGAAUAAACCUAACAUGAAAACUGAUUAAAAUACAUUAAUGGGUAUUGGGUGGCUCAGGGAACCAGUAACGGGAUAUGGUUACUGGCCUGAAUUUGACCUAGGUUUGCAGAGACCAAAAUGAAUAAACAUCUCAGAUGUUUGAGUUGUUGGUGGAAUUAGUAGAUGGCCUCUGUCAAAUUCCUAGUGAACAAAUGUCCAUAUCCCUAAAAUCACCACUACAUAUGGCAUUCAUCAGCACUAUAGUGGCUAUCAUCAGCAGAAGGGCCAAGAGCUAAAAUAGCAUAGAGACUGAUGCACUGCCUCCCCUGAAAAUUAGAUCCCUCCAAAAAUAUCUGAGGUUUCACAUUCAUCAUUGUGGAAUGGCAGUCUAGGCAUUACACUUUUCUGUUGACCAGUCCUCUGUUUCUCAUUGUCAUUAACCAGGAAGCUUUCGAGAAUGUCAUUUCCUUUUUUAAAAAAAGUUUAAAAGCCAAUUUAAAUAGAAAAAAAAAAAGUUGGUGCUCCCUUUUCUUCUUAAGAUGCUGAAUGUUCUCAUUUGUUAGAUAUAUACAUUGGAAAAGGACAUAAAGUAUUCAUUGGACUAUAGGCUUGAAAUCCAGCCGUUUUCCUGACCAGACCACUUCCACAUUUGUCUUUUUGGAUUGUGUAUGUGUCUUUGACAUAAAAUUCAGGUAUCUAUUCAAAUAAAAGACAACCACUAAAAAUUAAUUUAAAAUCCUGUUUUCAAAAAGUAGGUCUCCAAGAUCAGUUAAUGGCAAACAUUGGGGAGGGAAAUGGCAAAGAAAAGAAAUAAAGAAAAGACAUAUUUGUUUAUUUGCAAAUAGGUGUCAAGAAUUUAAAUGUUUCAGUGCCUUUGUCUUUUAAAAAUACCCCUUAAGUUGACUGAGCUAAUGAAAACAUAGCUUCUUUUUUUAAAAAUAACUUAUUACACAGAAUACAGUUUCUAUGGAUGUUUUCAUAUUUUAAAUGCAUAAAUCAUCCAGAAAAAGCAAUAUGUUUCUGGGAAGGUACUCAAAGGCUAAAACUACUUCAAGGCUAUUUGGAUUUCUUAAGUAUGUCACUAUCAUCAGACUAGACAACUGGGUAUAUAUGAAUAUAUGUAGUUCAACUUGUGUAAUGGGCAUCAAUACCAAAUUCUAGCCCUAAGUUCUUUGAUUCUGUAGGGUAAUGUUUUCUUUCAGAAAGAAAUGUGUAUCUUGAAUAAAUGGCUUUUCAGAAAUAACUCAUUUGCUAGAUAAUAAUGCUUUCAAAAGAGAGAAAACUGCAAACCACCCUUGAGACAGUACACAGACAAAAAAGUUGGGAGGACAAAAAGUAAGCUAAAGCAAAUUUCUAUAAAAUGGGAAGGAAACUAGUUUAUAGUAGAGCAUUUGCAACAUGAAUAUUCUAAAGAGUUCAUAGCAAGAAUUGAUGACUACAGAUGAGAGAAAUUGUUGUCUCAUAUAGUAGAACAUUCUUACUCUGCUAACUUUUCAUUCAUUAGACUUUGCAAAUGCAAAUGAGCACUUCAUUAUACCAGUCUAUUGAUUACGUUUACUAUUCUAUACCUAGUAAUACUAAAUUAACGGAGACCAAUUAUGUGAUAUUAAGUCCCAGCAAACUGUUGCUUGCAUGAUUGGGUGACAUUUUAAUGAAACAAGGAAAUAUGGAAAAUAAAGAUCUAGGAUAGAGAAAAGUAUGAAUUUGUGACUGCAGAGCCUCUUUCUAAGGUAAAUUCAGUGGUUCCUAGGAAGGGCCAAAGUUACCUGUAAAUGGCAAAAAAUAUAAAAAGAAACCAAAAAAAUGUCAACUGAAAAGUCCUAUUAAUUAACUGGGCUAUGAAAGUUUAGGAAACUUGACAAAGAGAAUAAAUAAAAUUAGACCACUAUUUAAUGUAAAGAAAAUGUUAUUAAAAUACAUCUUAUAGAAGUGAUUUGUGAAUAAGGGUUGAAAUAUUGUGAUGGAUCUUUUAAAAGUUUUCAAUCUUUGUUAUUGUUAACUGAUCUACAAUAAAUGCUCAAUUUCUAUUAAGACAUUUUAUUUAACUUUUAGAAGGGGAUAAUGAUUUAGCACAAAAUAUUUAGGAAUGCAAACCCUAAUCAAUGAUCAUGAUAAAAAGUUUCAUGUGUUCAAAUUUCAGAACAGGGCUUUUGGGCAAAAUUUUCAAUUCUCUUAGACACAGAAUAUUUUCCUAUGAUGAGAUCACCAUAAUUCAAGGAGGAUGUUCAUUUGUGGCAUAGAAAUCCCUUCUAUUUUGUCAAACCUGGUGUCUAAGGAAUGAAGAAGCUUCUAAAAUUCAGUAUACUUUAUUAUAGUUUACUCGAGAACUAGAAAUGUCUUUGGUGUUUAGGAAUGACAUUUUGAAUAUAAUUUUCUGCAAUUUUGUGCAGCACUAAAUGUCAAAAUAAAAAUUAAACAGUAGUAUUUGGGUACUAGACUAAUUCUAAACAGAUUCCCCCACCCCUUCCCUGCAACACCUCUGAUCAGUGAGGGUUUAAAUCCUGGUUUAUACUAAAAGUAUCUUGUUAGCAUAGACCUACUCUUAUUUGGCCAAAUCAUACAAAGUUAAUAUGAUUAGUCCUUUAGGAAAACCAUUGAGUUUAAAAAACAAAAAAACUAUCAGGUGACCUUGAAGCUUAGUACAAAGCAAAUGAUAUCUGAUUUCAAGCAGUCUUCUAUAGUUUGUCAAUUUAAAAUUGAUGUAGAAAUAGAAUGGGAAAAUGGAUAGAAUCAUUGCAUUUUAAUUUUAAUUAAAACUUGUGGAAUAGGUAGAAGAAAUUAGGGCAGUUCUCAGAGUUGAGGCUUUCCAGAAACAGAGAAAUAACUUUAUUUCAGUACUUUCUCUUUUAUUAUAGAAAACACUCUAAUAUUUUAAAAUGCAUUUUUCAAAGUCAAAUAAUUUCAACAAGCAUUUAUUAAGACCUUCAAUAUGCCAGUCACUCACCUAAGCACUGAGGAUACAAAGAAAGGCAAAAAACCCAGAAAACAUUCAAUUUACACAUAAGAUAAAUUGGGCAUAAUAUUAGUGGGAAGGCACUAGCAUUAAGUGGGAUGAUGAUUUGUAGCACCAUGAUAUGGUUUUUCUUCUCUUUUUCCUUUGAAAACAUUAAAAUCAUAACAUUACCAAUGUACCCAUAUAGACACCUCUCACCUUCUGAGCAUCUUUAAAUCUUUGGCUGAAAUUAUAAUUAGAUUAGACUGUUUAGAUUUCAUAUUGAUAUACAUUUAAAGGGACAAUUGUCCUCCUGCCUGGAUGGUGCCUUGUUCCCUCAUUUUAAUUUUUUUGUUUUCAACUUUUUUUAAUCCUGUUCUAUGAAAUGUUAGGACCAUGAUGGAUCCUUCUUCAGACCCCAAGCUGAUAGGCCACGCCAAAACAGUUUUUUCUGCAUUCUCACUUCCUUUUUUAUAGAGAAAAGGCAGCCUGCUAACUGCCAAAUACUCAUCUACACCACAAUGGGAAUGACAAAAUCUAGAGCCUUUGGGAAGGAAUCCAUGAUUUUCUAGUGGCCUUGUUCAUCACUUGCACUGUAACCACAGCCUUUUCAGAGUAGAAUGAUAGUGAAAGAUAUGUUUUGCUAUUGGUUCAGCAAUAAGCAAUAUACUUAUAGUUCCCGUUUAGCAAGUCUAUAAUUUGCCUUCUUUUUUUCUGUGUUUUAUGUGUGGCUCUCUUCCCUCUUCUCCCUCAAGAAGUCUUAUUCUUUUCUUGAGCCAUAUUCUUUGCAUUCCAUGAUCCUAUGUCUAUUUUCUGGUAUAAGAUGUCACUGUUAAAAUGUGCUGUCAGUUUUCAUCUUCUUUAUCCCACAACAAGCGAACACUUUAUAAAUAAUAGAUAGGACCUGCCAGGUGAAUGAAUUACUUUCUGAGUAUAAGUUAAGUACUUUUGAGAUGUAUUCAUUUUAAGGCAAUUUUAUUGUCAUUUAAUAAGGUAAAGCUCCCAGGCUGUAAAAAUAGUCAUAUUCCUUGCGGGAGGAAGGUGUCUACUUACUAAGAGUAAACAUAUUUUGAUGACUUAUUUUCUCAGUAUCUAAAAUGAUUUUCAGAAAAGCAGAGAAGGAAAUGAGUAUGUUUCUUUAGAGAUCUAAGCCAUCUCAUAACUCUGUUAUUCUGAUUUAGGCUUAACAGGCUUUAACUAUUGUGGCUUACUGUCCUGAAAGAAAUGACUGCACCUCCCAAAGUACCUGACACUUGGAAAGUAAUUUGCUCACUAAGCAGAUUUUGAUCUAAUAUUCACAUCCUGCCAUCUCAGGGAGUAAAAGUAUAUUAUUGACUCCUAACACUUGUCUUCCUCCCUUUGGAAAAGCAAUCUUUGAUUAUUUUAGGGUUUAUUUAUAUUCAUAUUUAAGUGCAAGGGUUGUAUCACUUCUGAAUCCAAAAGAAAAAGAUUCAGAAUUUGUAAAUGGAACAUUGUCUCAAGAUAAGAGAGUUGAUGGUAUAAUAUACCUCGACCUAUUUUAUAUUACUUAGAAGUAUGUUAUGUUGCUUUUACUGUGGGAUUAGUCUUUAGGAUAUAUUCUUUAGUGUAGCUAAGCUUUAUAAGUAAAGCUAGAUUAUUAUUCUUCCAUAGUGUAUAUGAAAAGAUAAAAAAUAAGAAUUGGCCUAAUAAUAUUUGAGGGCUGUUUUUUUUUUUUCAUAUAAACUCCCAGCAUAUGACUAAAGCAACACAAACACUUGUGUUUUAAACAAGUUAAAUCUGCAUAUGAAAAACUUGUGUUUCCAUAGAACAAUCAAAAUUUCUAUAACAGUUACCAUUAUUAUUCUGUAGAGUAUGAAUCUUUUAAUUAAUGUCACUGGUAUGAAAUGUAGUAUGACUAGGGCAUAAAUCAGAGAACUGAGAGUAAGGGUUUAUUUGUUCUUUUAUCCUUAAGCCAGUGACUUGUGCAACCCUGUGAAAGUUAAGUUAUCUCUGUGCCUCAGAUUUCCAUCUGUCAAAUGGGGAUAAUUCUUCACAUAAGUUGUUUUGAGGCUUGAUUGACAUUUGGAAGUAUUUUGAUAACUUUAGAAUAAAAAUACUAUAUUAAAUGACAAAAUCAAAUCACAACUUGACAAAGUGUCUCCGUAUAUGUUCAAUGUAUAAUUUUGAGCACAGGAAAAAAAAAGAAAUAGUGGAUUAUUUAUAUAAAAAUAGAAAGCUUUAAUUUUCCUUUUUUCCAAAAAAAAGAAGGGUUUAUUAUUAUUAUUAUAAGUCUCAAGAUAAAGGAAAAAAAGAACUGCACUGAAAAGUCAAAUUUUGUUUGCAUGAUGAACCACUCUGAUCUUCUAACUUAAAAAGAGGUCUUUAUAGGCUUUUGAAAUAUACCUAGAUUUGUGUUCACUAGAGAAUUUAUAACCUGUAAAAAGAUGUUGAAAUUUCCUGUUAGAACAAUUUGUAAUUAAUUAUGCUUAAAGUCUUGCCUUCAAGGAGUUCAGUCUUUAUAAUUAACUCUUUGAUAUCCAGGAGCACAGUGUUCACUGCUCCCACACAUUUCUGAUGUAUUUUGCAUUCACUACAGUAACUGUUGGAAAUUCCUAAAUUAUUAGUGCCAAAUUAUCAUAAUGAAAAGCUAAGAUUAUUUUAUUUUGUUACUCAGAAAUUAUACUCAGAAAUCUAAUGCUUUCCCAUGUAGAAGGCUUGCAAUUUGAAGGGGGAAAGAUGCUGUUUACACAGUAACUUCCUGAAUGUGGUUUUUAAAAAAUGAAAAUAUUAUUUUUUUGAAAAUUGGAAUGUAAAACAUUAAAGGGGAGGCAGUAGUCUAGAACACAAAAAGGCAUAAUUGUAUUUGGUUACAUAAAUGCUAUUUUAGUGUGGUUGCAUCAAAGGAGAUCAAAAAGACCUAUUUUAUUAGCCUCCAAAUACUGUAUAUACAUUUGUUAAUGGCUAAGAAUUCUCACCGAUCUUUUGCUUUUUAAAGAUAGUCUUGGCAUGUGGUAGUUGCCUCAUGUAAAUUAUAAAAGGCUAUUUACUAAGUUUUCCAAUAACUUAUUUAUUAUCCUGUAAUGUGUUUUAAAAUAAAAUAACUUAUUUCUAGCUGACA